AUGAGUGGCAUUGCAUCGCCUUGGGCAGCAGGCGUGCUCUGUGCGCUGCCAUGCGUGGUCUGGGUCUACGCAGGCUUCCUGCACAAGGCGAGCGGGUGGGCUAUUUUCGCCAUGAGCACGCAUGGCGGAGAUGGCUGGGCGGAGCUGAGGCCUUCAGCUACCGCUUUCGGAUUGGCAUGGAGCCUUUUCGUCGGCUUCGGCCCCCUGUUCCCGUGGGUGCUGUGCCUGUUGUCGUCGUCCAGUCCCGCCAGAGGCCUCUGGAGGAGCCUGCCGCACCCCUGCCACGACACGCUCUGCAUCGGUCUCGCAGGCCACGUGAAGCGGUGGUGCUCCUCGUUCGUCGUCGCCUUCCUGGCGCUCGCCCUCCCGAUUCAUUGGCUGGGCUGGUGGCGAUCCGAGUGCGUCUGGCCCACAGCUAAGAUCUAUACAUAUACACCAAUUAUUUAG